UUGUUGACCUACUCGGUUACUUUGCUGGGCAGCGUUUGUGUGAUGGAGCCUCCAGCGAAGAGGAGCCGAGAGGAUCCUCAAAGGGCACGGGUGGUUCUUUGUGGAGCUGGCUCUUGGGCACAAGGUUGGCACCUGCCACAGCUGCAGAGACACAUGGCCAAAGAGAUCCCUCAGUGGAGCUUGUGGCGAUUGUCGAUCCAGCUACAUCAACAUGGAGCAAAUACAAUCUAGACAUGAAGCCGACCAAAGAGCUGGCUGAAAUGUACGAGGUUCCUGUCUUCCAAGACUUCGCUGAGUUCCUCAGAUCUAGUCUUGCUCAAAGAACUGAUGGGGUGAUUAUUUCGUCAACUCACACCACGCACUGCAGCCUAGGACUGCAGGCAGCAGAGGCGAAAUUGCACAUUUUCAUGGAAAAGCCCAUGACCACGAGCUCGAUUGAAGCUCGCAAGCUGCUUUGUGCGGCCAAAGACCUGAAGUCUCUGGGCAAAGUUUUCAUGGUGAACCAUUCUGCCAACUUCACAAACCAAGCCUUACGAGCUCGAGAAAUCCUUCGUGCAGGGAAAAUCGGAGAAGUUGAGCACGUCACUUGCCACAUGAUCCGUGAGCGCGAAUUCUUCGAAGAUCUGCAAAACCAACUCUGGGUUUGCAGCUCUGAAGGAUCUGCUGCUGGAAACGGGUUUGCGUGGGGCCAAAGCUGCCACACAUUGGCAUGGGUUUACUUUGUCACUGGCUUGAUUCCUCAGAGUGUUUUUUGCAAGAUGGUUUACUCCAAGAAGACUGGUGCUGACAUAUUCACUUCAGCUAUCAUCGAAUGUACGAAUGGAGCUACGAUUACUUGCCAAGGCCUUGCAGGCCUGCCUGGUGGAAACUCUGUGGGUUCGGCCUCUGCAACGGGAAAGUUGAUCGAGAACAAGAUAUUCGGAUCCAAGGGUUGCUUGCUUUACAGUGGUGACGAUGCAGAUCCUGGCUCGGGCCAGCUGGAGGUGUGCAGCGAUGGCUUCCACGAGGUGAUGCCGGGGUUUUACUUUGAAAAUACAACGAAAGAAGGCUUUGGUCCAGAGUCCUUGCGCUGCUUUGGGGAUGCUUGCCGUGGCAAGACAAUAACAAAUUGCUCUGAUGCCUACGUGUCCCUGCAAGUUGUACUGACAAUCGAGGCAAUGUACGAAAGCGCAAAGUCUGGAUCUGUCCAGAAGAUCCGGGAAUGACUGGAAUUUGAGUCAAAA